AUGCCACGAUUUCGGCCCCUGUCAUUGCCAACCGUGCCAUUGGGGCAACAGCUGACGGCGAACUUGAUUCCAGAUCCCGUCACGCCUGAUGCACGCGCACUCGUAGCAACAGCAACAUCGUAUCCAUCGCUUCUCCGUCGUGCGCGUGUUGUUCGGGAUGGUGCGCAUUUCUCCUUCGUAACGCCAUUGCCACUCGCCUUUCCAUACGAGUUUCCACCUCCGUCCAAUGAUAGCGUAUCGGAUGCGGAGAGUGUAGAGCGUUACUUGCGAGACUUUGAACCACAGAGGACUAAUCCAGGCGCAGCAUUUCCUCCCGCGCGGCAGCACUCGCCGCCCUUUCCGUCGGCACGUCUAGUGGCAUUCUCGCCACAAGCGCACGCAACAUGUUUGCCACACUUGGAUGUGGGCGACACGCAUGCAUGGCUCCAGCAGACGUCUGGUGUGCAAAAGGUCUACAGCUCAGGACCGAGCAUUGAAUCGCAGACGAGUACCGGUCCAGUGGACAGCGCAGCCACAGGUGCUGCCGAGCCGUCGCACCUUUAUGGUCAAGACCGAUCUGAUACUGCGACGGCUCGGCAGGCCCUGAGUGACUGGGCGUCAGGCCGGGCGCUCCGCGUAAAUAUCCAAGAGAGCGAACCCAUCAACGAUGAACAUGGCACUGGCGUACACUUCCUGGCUCGGCACGAGGACGAUGUGCAGAACACGAAGCAAGCACUCGCUGCCUUGCACACACGCACAUCAUAUGGGCCUUGGUCGCUCCGAUACGGUGGGCACCAGUUUGGGCAAUGGGCUGGCCAGCUGGGCGAUGGCCGGACUGUAUCGAUCUUGGAGACUCUGCAUCCCGAGACCGGUGCACGACAUGAGGUGCAGCUGAAAGGCGCUGGCCGCACGCCAUACUCGCGUUUCGGUGAUGGACUGGCUACCCUCAAAAGCUCAGUGCGAGAGUUCCUGGUGUCCGAGUAUAUGGCGGCCCUGGGUAUUCCCACGAGCUACUCGCUAUGUGUGGUGUCCCUACCGGACUUGCCCGUGCUUCGUGAAACUAGCACGACAGCUGCAGUGAACAUGCGGAUCGCCCCAUCAUGGCUCCGGAUCGGCAACUUUGAGCUGCACAGCAUACGUGGAGAGUGGGAAAGUGUGCGUGUGCUGGGCGAGUAUGUUGCCCGAGAGAUGUAUGGCUGGACAGAUGUGGUGAAAGGCGGUGAGACGUGGGCUGAUGCCGAGGCGCGCGCUGGAUGCGAAGGGGAGCCACGCCCGCCAUGGGCCGCUCGCCUUGUGAAGGAAGUGGCGAAGCGCAAUGCUAAGACUUUUGCUCUCUGGCAAACGUAUGGGUUUAUGCAUGGCGUUCUCAACACGGACAAUAUCUCGCUCAUGGGCGAUACGAUUGAUUACGGACCAUAUGCGUUCAUGGACGCCAUCAAUGAGGACGAAAUAUGCAACCACUCUGACAUGAUGGGCAGGUAUUCAUUCAAGAUGCAGCCGACCAUGUUGGUCUAUGCGAUAGAUCGUCUGAUGGAUGCACUCGCGCCCGUCCUGGGCUUUGAGCAUGUACAUGGACGUGCACUAAGACCAGGUGAGCUCUUAGCAUCGACGAAAGAAGAGCGUCAGAUGUGGGCUGAUCAGGCCGAAGAGGUUCUGUAUGACGAUGUGCGCAUGCUGGUUCAGACGACGCUUCUGGACGCCUGGGCUACAGCGUGGACAACUCGGCUUGGUAUUGCAUCCCAGCGCCGUAUCGGUGUUGACCGCAUCAAGAGUGAGAUAGUCGACCCGUUCUUCAAGGCGUUCUAUGGGCUCGAUAUGACACGAUCUUUACGCAUGCUGUGCGACUUUCCUGGACGCACGAAUGAUAUCGAAGCGUUCGCUGUGAGUCUCGUCCAAGACGCUGCAGCGGGUGUACCAGAUUGUGCGAGUCAGGCAGAUGUGGCGGCUUGGCUCCAUCAAUUCAAAACUUGGCUCGAUGCCGAGGCGCGUCCGGCCUCCGAGAUUACGAAUGCGAUGAAACGCGUGAAUCCACGCUUUGUCUUACGCAACUGGAUCACGGACGACGUCGCUGAGCGACUCGAGUCAAAUGCACCAGACACAGCAUUCUUGGAGCGUGUGCGAACGAUGUGCGCUAACCCAUUUGAGAACUAUGCACAUGAAGAAGAUGCUGAGCUGUGCACGGUCGGGCGGCUUCUCCGCACCAACACGCCUUCAUGUUCGUCUUGA